UUAUUUUAGACACAUAUUUGUCAAUACCCAAUAUUUUUAUAUUUAAAGAAAUACAAUAGAACAAUUGAAACAUAACAAUAGAACAUACAAACUUUGGGCUAAUUUAGAAACGUAACCCUAAAAUCACUGAAGACUUUCCAUAGUAUGGAUCGAGUUUGAGCAACCCAUCCACACAUGCAUACAAUGAAUGCAUGUGUGAAUGGGUUUAUACGAAUGGCUCUACAAACAGUCACUGUUUGGAGGAGCCAAAGGUACAUACAACCUGGCCUGGUGCCCUUCCUCCAAUACCAUGUAUUCUGGAAGUGGUUCCCACCCCUGAAGCUGCGUGCCAGGUAACACCAAGGCGUUCCUGGAAGACUUAUCCCAUUAGAGGGGUUUAUUUCCCCCUUGAGACACUAGAAGACUAAGAGAUCAUGCCAAUGACACACCACCGGCUUCUGUCAGUCCCCUAGCACUCCCUCUCGGGUGAUCUCCAUCUAUCCCUCCGUGCCCACCCGCCGUCCACCCCGGUACCGCUGCCGCCGCUGCUCUCCGGGGACAUCCUCAGCUACCGUCGUCGGCAGAAGAAAGGUGUUCGUCGAUCGAGAAGCAGACGAUAUGGGUGCCCACGGGUCGAACCUGGACGCCAUCUUGGAGGAGGACAUGCACCACUGGUACAACAAGUUCAUGCGAGAGUCGCCGUCGGGUCUCAUCACCCUGUUUGAGCUGAAGAGCAUGCUGCAGAUGAAAGGCAUGACCGAGGAAGCCAGCAGCUAUGUGGACCAGAUCUUUUUAACCUUUGACAUGGAUGGGGACGGAUACAUAGACUUUGUUGAAUACAUUGCAGCAGUGAGUUUACUGCUCAAAGGGGAAAUCAACCAGAAACUCAAGUGGUACUUCAAGCUCUUCGAUCAAGAUGGGAAUGGAAAAAUCGACAAGGACGAAAUGGAGACUAUAUUUAAGGCAAUUCAAGACAUCACUAGGAGUUACGAGAUCCCACCUGAGGACAUUGUGACUCUUGUUUAUGAGAAGAUUGACGUAAAUGGAGAAGGGGAGUUGACCCUGGAGGAGUUUAUCAGCGGAGCCCGGCUGCAUAGCGACAUCAUGGAUAUGCUCUCCAAGAUGAUGGACCUCACCCAUGUCCUCGAGAUAAUCGUCAUGGGGCAGAAGACCAAAGCUGUCAACUGACAAACCUUUGUAAUUCCCAUUACGGGGGAUUAACAAUGGAAGAGAGAAGGGUUUGGGAGAGCUGGAAAAGGCUGAAUUUCAAAGGCAAACUGCAUUGUGUUCAGAGAGCUUCAAGUGCCAAGUUUUGUUUUUGUUUAUCUCUGGAGAUGGAUUUUGGAUGAGUUGACUUUGAUCAGUAGUCUGAAAGAUAGGUCUCUGUUUGUCUCUAAAGUUUGUAAUGCAAAGCAUCCGGGACACCUUCAGUUCUGUUUCAGGUUGCAUUGAUACCGUUUUAAACGGUAGUUCUUUCAAAGGUACGAAUAGAUCCAGAAACCCAUGUCUAGUAUGAUGACGCACAAGAUGUUUAGUCGUUUUGACGAAGUGUUAUUUCAAAUAGACGAACAUGUUGCCUUAUUCAUCAAUACAAUCUGUUUUUGAUUUCAUA